GGUAAUUAUAAUAAGUCUUAAUGAUGAAAUAGUUCAAUCAUUUCUACCCCUUUUAGGUACGUAGGUACCUACUAUAUGAUAGGUCACUUAUUUUCUUUUCUUUGGGUUCCGGCAUCACAACGUCGAAUUUCUUCUUUAUGCCCGACUUCAGGAGGUUUAUUGUCAUUACCCUUCCAAUUGAUAGGUCGAUCAAAUAUCUUUAUUAUCGGUUAAUAUGAUGGAACAUCACCGCAACUCGGAGUUGUCGAGGGACUAUGUUAAGUCGAAUAUUACCCUUGUAACCGAGUCGCGACAAGAAGCGCGAUUUCGUAAACGAUUGGCGCGUCGCGCGCCCAUUCGAUCUGCAUCCCGCUUCGUUCCUCAAGAUCCCAACGAAACACCAGAGCAUCAUUUCCCCCUACAAACUAUUUCCUCGCGAUCUGCCCAGUCUCGCUUUAUCAACCGCUACGAUAGCCGUGAGAUAUUGAUUCUUAUUGACGGGAGCUGCGUCAAUAACGGAAGUAGGGAUCAGACUACCAAGCCAUCUUCCGGUGGGUGCAGUUUCACAUUCAAAGGGCCAGGAAGAUAUGGAUCCGAUGUAGAACAUCCUUUCAAGGAUGCUAAUUAUAAUGACGGUGGGAUGGUUGGAUUUCCUCUGGAGAAGUGCGGACCUGGAGGCGAAAGUUACAAUGCGACAAGUAACAGGGCGAAACUUAGAGCAGUAAUUGCAGCACUCGAAUUCCGUGACUGGCAAGAAGAAGGAUGGCGGCGCAUCGUCGUCGCGACCGACCUUAAAUACGUUGUUGAUGGCGCAAUAAGCCAUCUGCCAACCUGGGUUCGACGCGGUUGGCGAACUAGCAGGUUGAAGAAAGUAGUUAACAGAGACCUGUGGGAAGAACUCAACGGCGUCAUUGAGAACUUACAGAGGCGUGGUACCUCGAUUUCAUUCUGGUUACUUCGUUCGGGUAGCUUGGCUAAGACCAGGUCAGCAUUGGUACGCGAGACUAAAGACGCCGCUAGAGAGGCUGCUAUCGAGCACACUGAUGAAACUGCGCUGGAGUUUACAAGGCUAUGUGGCAUCAUGUUAUAAGGUCGUGAUAUUUUGAUUUUGGGAGUUUUACAAGGGCUUUGUAUCUUAUUUGAUAUACCAAGCAUCAAGAGAGAGAAACACUGGAUGGUUGGGAUUUGCCAUGAUACUACACUUUAACUCGCAUUCCGAGUCGCGAACACAGUUCCCAGAAGCUUGGCAAAAGUCCUGAUUAGUGCCUGACUUUGGGUAUGCUAAAGCUGCCGGAUUCAGUUAGUAUGCAAGUGAAAUAAGAGGUAGUUAUGGUAACGAGGGAGAAGCUCUAUACAUUCGAGCUUGCUGGAGCAUAGAAAUAUAAUCUCCAUGCGUCGAAUGCUUCAUGGCUCGAGCAUUUUGUUUUUAUUCAUUAGCUCCGCAUGGUCUUAGACGAUCUAUCAACAAAUCAGACCUCUCUG